AUGUAUGACAGGUGUGGAAGCUUAGUAGCUGCGCGCGAAGUGUUCGACCAAAUGACUGAACGAGACGUCUUUUCAUGGAACAUCAUCAUUGCGGCUUACGGAAGACAUGGCUAUCCUCAUGAAGCAUUGACAAUGUUUUACCAAAUGCAACGAACAGCUGUUCAACCGGAUCGGUUUACCUUCGCUAGCGUACUGCCAGCCUGUGCAAAAUGUGAAAGCUUACACAAGGCGCGAUAUGCACAAAAUGGUGUUGUUGACGAGGCUGAAAUGCUAUUCAGAGAAAUGCCUCAGAGAAAUGUUGUCUCAUGGAGUGCGAUGAUUGGCGGAUACACACAAAAUGGAUUUGCGGAAAAUGCCAUGAAAAUCUUUAAGCAAAUGCAAUUGGCGGGUGUAAAGCCAGUCUCCACAACCUUUGCCAGUAUCCUCCCGGCCUGUGCUAAAGUGGGAGUUUUGGAACAGGGCAUGGAUAUCCAUCGAAGCAUAAUUGAAAAUGGCCUUUCACUAGAUGUGGUAGUUGUAAGUGCCUUGAUAGACAUGUAUAUAAAAUGUGGAAGCAUACAAAAGGCACGUAAAUUGUUUGAUAAAGCAUCUCAAAGAGAUUUAGUUUCCUGGACAGUAAUGAUUGCAGGUUAUGUACAACAUGGGUUUGUUGAAAAGGCGCUAGAGACAUUUUGGCAAAUGCAAUUGGCAGGAUAUGCACAAAAUGGCUUUUGCAAGGAUGCUCUCAAACUCUUUGAACUUAUGAAGCACUCUGGAACAUAUCCUGAUCAUUUAAGCUUCACUUGUGUUUUGUUAGCAUGCAGUCAUGCAGGUCUAGUGGAUGAGGGCUGUAAAUACUUCAACAGCAUAUGUGAUUCUUAUUGUAUUGUACCUUCAAUUGAUCAGUAUGUAUGCAUGGUCGAUCUUCUUGGGCGCGCAGGCUAUCUUAAGGAAACUCUAAACUUUAUCAUAAAAAUGCCAAUUAAACCUGUGGCAGUUGUGUGGAUGUGUCUGCUUGGUGCAUGUAGACCACAUGAGAAUAUAGGAUUGGGAGUAUUCACAGCAACUCAUCUUCUUGUGCAGGAUCCCACAGAUGCCACGACUUAUGUUCUUCUCUCAAACAUCUAUGCAGAAGUGGGCAAGUGGGGUGAGGUUCAAAUGGGCAUGAAAAGCUGGAAGAGGAGGUGCAGGAUGGGCAAAGCAAGAGUAGAUAAUACUGGCAGGAAAUUGACAGAUGCUUGGCCAACAGGAGAGGUGAGAGAAAAGAUCAAGGAACCCACUGCUUCCCUUCCCUUGCUUUGA